GUGACCCGCUUCCAAAACUUUUGCCAUGUUUCCCACUGCCGCCCGAUUUCGCUUUGCGUCUCGUAGGCCAUUGAAGUCGUUCCGUGCUAACAAAGACUACUAUAAGGGGAAUCGUCAAGCUGCACUUACUGGUCAUCGUACAGGUGCACCUGGUGUGCACGUCAACAAACGACCGGGAUACCAGCUGCUGGAGGACAAAGUGAGGGUAUUCGUGGCCCCUCCCAUAGACGAGAUUAUAAACUCUGAGCUCAAACCCUAUGUCGCCCAACGUGUUAAACCAUUCAAAGCGCGAGCACUAAAGAACGGUGCUUUUGCGCGAAUGCCCGAUUCUGGCCUGACACCUGAACACUUCCUUGCGUCCUCACGAGCAUACCACGCGAAUCUGAGAGCUGGACAACGAGUGCAGGAUGCGUCCGCUUCAUCCAAGGAGAUCGAGGCAAGUUAGAUGAGCACAGUAUAUGCUACCGAUGUCAAUGCAAGACUAUCUUCGAAGA